GCUUGACAAUCGUCUGCUGCUGGGGCUGGCCCCGCCCGGGGAAGGGGACGCAGCGUGUCUCCAGGGUGGCUGCAGGAGGAUCCAAGCAUGAAUGGCAGCCGAAGAGUCAGAGCACCCUCUGUCCUUCCCAGAUCUGGUCCGUCAUGCCUAUUUAAAGGACACUUGAGCACCAAAAGUAAUGCUUUUUGCACUGACUCCUCCUCUCUCAGACUAAGCACUCUCCACACGGUCAAGAACCACAUGGCUGUUCACUAUAAUAAAAUCCUUUCAGCCAAAGCUGUGGUAGACUGCUCGGUUCCACUCAGCGUGAGUGCCAGCAUCAAAUAUUUGUUUUCCCCAUCAGAUGCAGACCAACAACGAAGAGAGAAACUCAAAAAGGAAUUAGCACAAUGUGAAAGGGAGUUGAAAUUAACUAAAACUACAGGGCAGACCCAUUCUAAAAAUAAUUCCAAGGCAUUAUUUAACACUCUACAAAAGCUUGCAGAAGAACCACAAAAUGAAGAUGACGCAUUGAUCAUAAAAGUGAAUGGAUACUCAUCCUUUGCAAAGUCACCAGUGACUUCUUCAGAGAGACUGAACCUAAGUGCACCUAAAUCCAACGAAGCCCUCACAAACGGCGCUGAGAAGACACCAUCCAGCGCAGACCACCUCUCCGCGCCCAGGAGAACGUGCUCUGGAACCUCGGCUGGCGGGGGGCCCAGGAGCUCGUUCCCAAAUGCCAGCCGGUUUCAGUUAGGUUUCUCAAAAGCACCCAGUGGGGACAUUUUGGAUAAACAUUCUAAUCUCUUUUCUAACAGACAGUUGCCAUUCACUCCACGCACUCUGAAAACGGAAGCAAAGUCUUUCCUGUCACAGUAUCGAUACUACACACCUGCCAAAAGGAAAAAGGGUUUUUCAAACCUGCGGAUAGACGUCGAGACCCAGACUGAGUUCAGCAGCUUUAAACCCGAGUUUGAGACAGUUGAGACUAAGGACUUCACAAACUCAGAAGUGGACAUAAAACAGGCACCUAACUGUAUGACAUAUAGAACCAAAGCAAAUGUAAGUCCUUCAUCUUUAAAAGGGAGCGGCCUGCCAGGGGACCAGCUGGGAAAUGGCGUUCUUCAGUGUCCCCGCCCAAGGGCCGUGGUCCAGUGUCCUCUGCAGCCUCCUUCAAGGAGAAAAGUCUACUCUGAUGAAGAAGAACUAUUGUACCUGAGUUUCAUUGAAGAUGUAACAAAUGAGAUUUUGAACCUUGGCUUAUUUUCCAACAGGUCUUUAGAACGACUGUUUGACCGACAUGUGAGACAAAAUAAACACCAUUUGGAGGAGGAGAAAAUGUGCCACCUGCUGCAUGUCCUAAAGGUGAAUUUAGGCUGCACAUCGGAGGAAAACUCGGGAAAGCUGGAGGACGCUCACACGCUGGCUUUACUUGGUUUGGAAAAGGAUGCGCGUGCAGAACAAAACGAACAGGACGCCUCGAUCCAGCAGGAACGUCAGGAAUACCGGAAAGCUCUGGACAUGCUGCUGUCCUCGCCCAGGGAGGAGAAGGAGGUGUUCUCGUCCAACGAGUUCUUCCUACCUGUCCACAAAUCCAAGUAUUCGGAAGGGGUUAUCGUUCAGCAGGUGGGCGAUGAAACAGAUCUGGGACCCUCAAUUUGGGAUGAGAAGAAUCCAAGUAUUUCAGAUAGCUUAACAGACCAGGAAACCUCAGUGACUGUCAUCGAGGGUGACAGUGACACUGAAAAGGCUGUGCCUUCAAGUGAACUGUGUUGCCUGAGCACAGCACUCGCCCCGGCCGACCAGCUCUGCAGCGUCAGCAGCAACAGUGAGGACGACACGGGGCGGCCAGCUCUCAAAAUCAUGGAAAUGGGCACCAAGGACCACCCUUUGGAUGUGUGAUCGUUAAUAAAUCUCCCAAAUGCCCAGUAAUUCAAUGUUCCUUUUCCUCUUUUUUCCUUUUACAUACAAGUAUUUUUCUGUAUUCAUUUUCCAUGCUGUAUAAUAAAUUACCAUAAAUUUAGCAGCC